AUGUCUGCAUUAUAUUAUAAGAAACUUCAAAAACGUAAGAAUAAUGAGUCGCGUAACAGUGAUGAUUCCGAUUCGGACGAUGAACCGACAACGAAGACAAAGAAACAGAACACAUCUGAUGCGCAAUAUGAUGAUAUGAGCGACAUGUUCGUGAUUGAUCGCAACGAACGUGAAGAAGUUGCCCAAGAGUCGGAAAUACCGUCGGGACCACUUCUAACAACAUCAUAUUUGGAGCCUUAUGAGAUGGAUGAAGAUUUGAAGCAUCUUUUAGAAAAGGCGAUAGUCGGUCCGAAGUUUGAAAAUAACUACCAACCGCAAGCUAGGCUUCUCGGCAGAAAUGCGCGAGCACGUUUAAGAAAAGAGGAGCGCGAGAAGACGAAAGGAUCCCAAUGGUUCAACAUGCCUGCUACAGAGAUUACCGAGGAAAGAAAACGGGAUUUGGAGUUGCUGCAAAUGAGAGGAGUCUUGAAUCCUCAAGCUCAUUAUAGGAGGAAUGAUCGCCAAGUUCUUCCAAAGUAUUUCCAGGUCGGACGUGUUGUUGACGCUCCAGAAGAUUAUUAUUCAAGUCGAAUGACGAAAAAAGAGAGGAAGAAGACGAUGGUCGACGAGCUUCUUCACAACGAAGAAAGUUUGUCGAAGGCGAAAAAGAAGUAUGCGGAAAUUCGAGAAAAGGAGGUCAAAAAGAGGCGAGGCGCUUUUCAGCGAUUCGGCUACAAGAAAUCUCACAAACAGCAACGCGAAUCCAAAAAGAAGAGAAAGUAG